UUAAUAAACAGUUCUACGGGAGUUGCGUUACGAACGGAGUGUAGUCCGUUAUGUUUUUAAUACGUGCAAUUUAAAAAAAACAAUAUACAAUGACCAGGGAACAAGAAGGAGUGAGAUACAGGAGGGCCCAGAGUGUAACACGUGCUGAAGAAAUUAAGGCUGUUGAAAAGAAAGUUAGAUAUUCACAACCAGAUAAACCAUGUCAUUCGCCAAGAGAUUCUCUGUUCUCGUGGACAUCCGGGUUCAACAAUUUUACAGGAUUUGUGAACUGGGCUUUUCUCCUACUAACCAUGGGAAGUGUAAGACUGUUAUUAGAAAAUUUCAUAAAAUAUGGUAUUAGAGUGGAUCCCUUACAGUGGAUUUAUGUGCUAACUGGUCUCAACGAUGGAGGCAGUGGCCAUCCUGCUAUUGUUUUAAUACUCUAUUCAUUAGUUCCUAUCACAAUAUGUCUAGUGAUCGAGAAAGCAUUAUCAGUGGAAAUUGUUUCUAACACACUAGGAAUGCUCGUCCAUUGCUUGAAUCUAAUAGCUUUAAUUAUGCUCCCCAUGGUGGUCAUACAUGUAAAAGAUGGAUUCAAUUUAGUUGGUGCAUCGGCUGUCACAUCUUUUUAUACAGUUUUAUUUUUGAAACUAUGGUCCUAUAUUCAAGUAAAUAUGUGGUGUAGAAGGUCCCACCAGAAGAAAAGGAAAAGUAUGAGGAGAUCUUCAGCAUCUUACACUUCUAUCUCCAGAUCUGCUGACAAUAGUUUUGAUUCGUCUUCAGAAAAAUUGGAAACUAAGGGUUUGGUGCAAUAUCCAGACAACUUAAACCUGAGGGAUAUAUUCUACUUCUUAUGUGCACCGACGCUAUGUUAUGAGCUCAAUUUUCCUAGAACAGAAAGAAUAAGGAAACGAUUCCUGAUCAAAAGAAUAUUCGAAGUAGUUGCUGGAACACAAAUUGUAUUCUGUGUGAUUCAACAAUACAUGAUUCCGUCAAUAAUAAAUUCUUUGAUACCAUUCAGCAAUAUGGAUGUCACACAAACGACAGAGAGACUUUUGAAACUAGCGAUACCUAAUCAUCUAACAUGGCUGAUUUUCUUCUAUAUUACAUUUCAUUCCUACCUGAACUUGAUUGGUGAAUUAUUGCAAUUUGCUGAUAGAAACUUUUACUCUGAUUGGUGGAAUGCAAACAAUAUUGAUACAUUUUGGAGGAGUUGGAAUUUGCCUGUUCACAGAUGGGCUGUUAGACAUUUAUACUUACCUGUUGUUGAGUUAGGUUUCAACAAGACACUUGCUGGUAUAUCAGUGUUCUUUUUGAGUGCAUUUUUCCAUGAAUACAUGGUGAGUGUACCUCUUAAGACUUACAAAAUUUGGGCGUUCACUGGUAUGAUGUCACAAAUACCACUCUCAUCCUUCGCUAAUUACGUUGAAAAACGGUUUGGACGACGGUGGGGCAACCUUAUUGUUUGGUCUUCUCUUAUUCUUGGACAACCACUUUGUAUAAUGAUGUAUUAUCACGACUACGUCGUUACCCACUAUGGAGAAUCCCUUCUAGAGGAAUAUGGUCAUGUUUGAGGAUGGAAGAGAGUUAUUGUUACCAAGUCGAAGAAACAACCUUAUUAUUCCUAAUGAAAUGUGAAAAAAUAUACUUGUUAUUUUAUUGUUGUACAGAAAUAUUUCAUUUUAUUGAAGUUUAAAAACUGUCCUUAUACUACUGUUUUGAAGAAAUUUUUUUACUUAGAUUUAAUAGAAUCCAGGAAGCAAUGAAUUGUUACUCGUUCGAAAAUAAAUUUUUUCAUUAUA